AUGCUGAAAUCAGGAGCUGUGGCUGCAACAGAUCUCUACCAAAUCUAUUUGUCACUACAGCGAUUUGAUGUGUCUUCUGAAGAUCUUCAUUAUCGUGUAGCAGUGUUUUGCGAUGGAAUGUAUAGCAUUGAUACUGACAAGGUUCGAAGUGAUCUGGUGGCGAAUAUUCUGAAAUCCUACACGAAUGCGCUACGUUUUGGACGUACCCAUCUGUUUCACGCCAUGCCACGAAUGCUGACCAUAUGGUUGGAUGUUAGCCAAAAGAAGACAGAAGCAAUUCAAAGCCGAGGAUCUGAUGCCCGCGCCACUGAAAUGAACAAUAGAGACAACAACGACAUUGCACAAAUGAAUACGGAGAUUUCUCGUGCAUUUCGGCAACUCGAUUCGUACGCGUUUUAUACUGCAUUCCCUCAGUUGAUCUCUCGCAUAGUGCACCCUAACGCGUCAGUUUUUUCAACGCUGAAGGUGAGGAUGACCUUCUCUGUUUUUUUCUUAUUUUUCUAA